AUGUCAAACCAAAAGACCUAUUAUUUCAAUCCAGCACAGGAAAUCCCUUCUCUCAAUGGCAAAGUCAUCCUUAUCACUGGCGCCAACACCGGUCUUGGAAAAGCCACGGCCCUUGAGCUCGUCAAACACAACGCAGCUCAUGUGUACAUCACCACUCGAAACUCUACCAAGGGUAACUCUGCUCUAGAAGAAGUCAAAGGCGUCGCAUCUGAGGGUACCAAAGUUUCGCUUCUGGAGUUGGACCUUUCCAGCUUCGACAGCAUCAAGGCAGCAGCCAAGGACUUCCUAGGCCGCGAGGACAGACUUGAUGUUCUCUUGCUUAACGCUGGCGUCAUGGGGGCACCUCCCGUUCUCACCAAAGAUGGCUACGAGAUGCACAUGGGUACCAAUCAUCUUGGCCACGCUCUGCUCUUGAAGCUUCUCGCACCAGUCCUUGACAAGACACCGGAUGCGAGGGUGGUACACUUGUCAUCUGCUGGCUUCCGUCACGUCGGACCUAGUGGUAUCGAAUUCGACACUCUCAAAUCUGCGACCAGUCCGACACCACUUCCUCUUCGAUACGCACAGAGCAAACUUGCCUGUCUUCUUUACGCACGAGAAGCCGCGAAACGCUACAGUUUCACCAACAUUGCCAUUAAUCCUGGCGAAGUCCAGACUGAGCUGUUCUCCCGGGAGGCGGGGGAUGAGAUGAUGAAACAUCUGCAGGACAAUGUCGCGCCCAAGAUGGCUGGUCCAAUUUCGGAGGGUGUAAAGAAUCACCUUUGGGCAACUACAUCGACAGAAAUUAAGAAUGGGGAGUUCUAUGAGCCCGUUGGAAAAACUGGAGGUCUGGAUGGUGCUGGGCUAGAUGAUGAGAUGGCGAAGAAACUUUGGGCUUGGACUGAGGAACAGCUGGAGAGCCAGGGUUUGUAA